CUGGCAAUGUGGUUUGGGUAUCGAGAGGAAGAGACUCGAUCGAGACGCAGAAAACGAUUUGCUGUGAGAAAUGGGGAGGAGUUUGUUGUUGAAUGUACUUCAAGAUUGGAUCCAUCCAGUUUUCAUUGUAUAUUUUAGAGAUAUCGGUAAUCCACUUCCACAAUGAGGAUCUUCCUCGCAUUGACGGUGGCCACCGCGUUGUUGGCCACCGGCUCAGAUGCCACUUUUGGCGGGAAGAAAGGCGGACGAGGAGGCGGGGGCAAGGGCAAAGGCAAAGGCAACUCUGGAGGUGGCGGAUAUGGAGCUCCAUCCAGUGGCUAUGGAGUGCCGCAAGGUCGACCCCUAGGGGGUGGUGGGGGUGGCUCUGGUUAUGGAGCCCCUCAAACUCAAAGUGGAUAUGGUGCUCCUCAGACCCAAAGUGGAUAUGGAGCACCUCAGACCCAAAGUGGAUAUGGAGCACCUCAGACCCAAAGUGGAUAUGGAGCACCUCAGACCCAAAGUGGAUAUGGAGCACCUUCAAAGCCCUCUUACAAUGCACCAAAACCUUCGUAUAAUGGAGGCGGAGGACGCGGGAAAGGAAAAGGCAAGGGAAAGGGCAAGGGCGGAGGUGGCUUUGACUUAAGUGGCAUUAUUAGAAAGAAAGUCAACUUCAAGCGGGGCAUCAUUGACGCCAUCGUUGGGUUCAAAAGACAAAAACUCGAAUUUCUGAAAAGUAUUAAAGGAGGAUUUGGCGGAGGAAGCGGUGGUGGUGGCAGCGGCUACGGUGCACCCAGCAGACCUUCUUAUGGUGCCCCAAAUGGUGGUAGAGGGAAGGGUAAAGGCAAGGGUAAAGGGCGAGGUCACGGUCGUGGACGAGGCAAAGGGAAGGGCAAAGGAAAUGGCGGUGGGCGUGGACGUGGAAAAGGAAAAGGAAAAGGACGAGGAAAAGGCAAAGGCAAAGGACGUGGAAAGGGAAACAAUAGCGGAUACGGAGCUCCCUCUACUGGAUAUGGCGUGCCACAGGGUCGCCCAAUUGGAGGAGGUGGAACUGGUUCAAGCUAUGGUGCUCCCUCAAGUGGUUAUGGCGCUCCUCAAGGUCGACCAAUUGGAGGAGGUGGUUCUGGUUCCAGCUAUGGUGCUCCCUCAAGUGGUUAUGGCGCCCCUCAAGGUCGACCAAUUGGAGGAAACUCAGGAUAUGGCGCACCAGCCACUGGAACUGGAUAUAAUGCCCCAUCCGGUGGAGGCGGUGGUGGUGGUGGCAGUGGAUAUAGGGCACCAUCUGGUGGUGGAGGCGGAGGCAGCGGCUAUCAAGCUCCUAAUAACGGCGGUGGAACUGGAUACACUCCUCCAAGUUCUGGUCAAAACCAUGGUGGAAGCGGAGGACAAAGCCAUCAAGGCAAUUCUGGAGGCGGAGGACAAAGCUACGGAGGUGGUCAAGGAAACAAUGGAGGAAGAGGACAAGGCCAUGGCGCUGGUCAAGGGGGCUCGGUGGGCGGAGGACAAAGCUACGGAGGUGGUCAAGGAAACAGUGGAGGGGGAGGACAAAGCUAUGGUGGAGGAUCUGGACAAACAGGCGGUUUUUCAAGUGGAGGUCAAUCCAGUUAUGGUGGAGGAUCAAGUGGGGGUCAAUCUAGUUAUGGUGGAGGAUCAAGUGGUGGUCAAUCAAGUUAUGGAGGAGGUUCCAGCAAUGGCCAAUCUAAUUACGGAGGUGGGUCAAGCCAGUCAUUCAGAGGAUCUAAUGGCGGACAGUCAAGUUAUGGAGGAGGAUCGGUGCAAUCAUUUGGCGGAUCAACCAGUGGUCAGUCCACAUAUGGAGGAGGCCAAACUUCGUCUGGGCAAUCCAAUUAUGGAAGCUCUGGUAGUUCACUCGCCGUCCCUGUGUCCUCAAGCUAUGGAACAUCGUCUGGGUCAUCUGGCUUUCAGCAACCCACUUUAAGUGGCGGCUUCCAAGCAUCAACUGGUGGAGUGCAAUCUGCUUCAAAUGGAUAUUCUUCUGGUUCUUCUGGCAACUCAGGUGGCUUCCAAGCCUCAUCAGGAUAUUCCUCAGGCUCAAGCUCCGGUAACAGCAAUAGUUUCCAAGCCUCCUCUGGGUAUUCCUCAGUCUCAAAUUCAGGAAACUUGGGUGGUUCUCAAGCCUCCUCUGGGUAUUCUGCAGCAUCGAACACAGGAACCUCGGGUGGGUUCCAAGCGUCCUCAGGUUAUUCGGCGGGCUCAAACUCUGGUAACGCUGGUAGUUUUCAAGCUGCUUCAGGCUACACAUCACCCUCAAGCUCCACUAACAAUGGAGGAUUUCAAGCCUCAUCCAGCUACUCUGCAGGUUCAGGGUCCGGAAGCAACUCAGUGGGCGCCCAAUCAUCAACGGGUUACUCAUCUGGUUCUAACUCUGGCGCGUCAAUAUCUUCCUUUGCCCGAGCCCCCGCUGCCACUUCGUUCUCUAACUCGGGAGGAGCUUCUAAUUCAUAUUCCUCUGGAUCCUCGCCUGGUGGCAACUUUAACUCAGCUGGGGGAUCAAGCAGUUUUAACUCUGGAAGCCAAUCCAUUGCCUCAGCACCUGCCAGCAGCUCUUAUGGGGCAGCAACUUCCACCAAUUUCCAACCGUCACCAACUGCCUCAAACACCAUUUCCAAUAAUGUUGGCAAUACCGUAAUUCAACAAGUUGCCGCUCCAGCUCUCCAACAAUCCUCUGGGGCUGCCAACUCUUAUUCCGCAGGAUCUCAAGCCACAAGAAAUGCAGUUCAGAAUUCCAACUCUUAUUCAGCUGGAUCACAAGGAACAACAAACGCAGUCAAGAAUGCCAACUCUUAUUCUGCUGGAUCACAAGGAACAACAAAUGCAGUUCAGAACUCCAAUUCAUAUUCCGCUGGAUCGCAGGGAUCAACAAACGCAGUUCAGAAUACGAAUUCUAUCUCAACUGGGUCGCAAGGAGCAUCAAAUGCCGUUCAGAACUCCAAUUCGUACUCAGCUGGAUCGCAAGGAACAACUAAUGCCGUUCAGAACACCAACUCUUAUUCAGCUGGAUCCCAGGGAACUGCAUCCGCUUCUACUGGAUCUACCGCCAAUUCCAAUGCCGGUAACACGAACGCCAUCAAUUCUUCUGCUGGCAGCUCUGUUCAGGCCAACAACAGCGGCUCAACGGCGAGCGUCAAUGCCGAGCCCGCUCAAUCUGCUCCAGAUGGUUAUGGCUUUCCCAUUGGUGAUGUCAUUUCGGAUUCGGGUUCCACUUCAGCAGCAGGAUCUUCCACGGCAGCCCAAACUGGACAACCUUCGAGUUCUCAGGGCUCGGGCUCAACUGUGCUCAUUAGCGCCAAUCCUGGAUCCACUGGUUCUGGAGAAUCUGAAUCUGCCACCGCUUCUGCACCUUCCUACUCCGGUUAAGCGCAUCAGUAUUCCACUUUUCUAUCCAAAGAUUGUCAUUCUUCUAAUUCCAAGGAACUCUUUCCCAUUUUAUGCUCUAGUCUGAAUCCAAAGACAUUCAAAGAAAAGGUCCUCAUCAUAGUGAAAGAUCAAGCCCCCCUUUGCUCAAACCCCCCUUCUUUGCCAUUUCUAUAGACUUUUGAUCCGAAGCUCUCAAAGUUAGGCAGGCCUCAUCUUGAACUUUAAAAAAGAGGUCAUGAUAGGACCUUCUUCUUCAUUUGGCACGACUCGCUUCCCCUCUAAUCUCAUUUGGACCAACCUUUGUCGUUCAGAGUUCUAGUCAGUGUUUUGUUCCUUCAAAGAAAACCAGUUGCCGCUUUCAUCUGUCAUUGGAAGCGCAGACUGCGCAUUUCGACUUGCUUUGAUGAAGGAACUUAAACGGAAGUAUCAUUUCGCCUCUCCUUCAAAUUGCACAUCCCUUCAAUCAUAUCAAAUCCGUAUUUAUUCUCCUCAAGACUUAAAAGGGUGCUACGAAUGAAAUUUAUCUGGGCAUUCUCCGUCAGUUUUGUCCCACCUUGAUCAAGCUUCUCUCGCCGAUAUUUUGCCUAGAGAAGCUUGAAUGAGAUGCUUUUGGAACAAUUAUAUUUUCUAUGAGUUCAAAGCCUAUUAUAGUCAGUGUUGAGUAUGUUUGAAUUCCAUGUUUGAGUCCAACAUCGUAUUCAUAUAUUUUAUAAGACAAUAUCAUUGAACAACAGGAAUUAAAUGAUAAUGAAUAAACUUUGA